CGCUAGGCACACGCGAGACCGAAAUCGUGGUUUCUGGGUGUCGGGUGAUCCUGGGGUUGGGCAGGAUUCCGGAGAACGGUCGACCAAGUCGUGGACUUGACGCACGGGCACUGGACAUAUGCCAGCGGAAGACUUGAGCUCUGAGCGCAAAAUCGGGGCGAGGGGGGGCAGGGGAUGUUCUCGAGCUUGGUCCCCAGGAUCUGAUCGAAGACCCCUGACAAAGCAGGUUUUUGAUUGACGUCCCUCCCCCAACACCUUUGGGUCUCGGACCAGGGCCCUCAAGACCCCUCAGGUGCUUAGGAAAAGGUCCGGUGUGACAUGGCUGAGGCCCGCCAAGCUGUGAACUUCCUGCCCUCACUGACUUCGGACAGGGGUGAAGUGGAGUUCAGUGGCCCUGUGUUGCAGGAGAUCUACCUCUCUGGCCUGCGCUCUUGGAAAAGGCAUUUCUUGAGAUUCUGGAAUGACUUUCUCAUUGGUGUGUUCCCUGCUACCCCCCUCAGCUGGCUCUUCCUCUUCAGUGCCAUCCAGCUUGCCUGGUUCCUCCAGCUGGAUCCUUCUCUAGGAUUGAUGGAGAAGAUUAAAGAAUUGCUGCCAGACUGGUGUGGACAGCACCACAGGCUCCGGGGUGUCCUGGCGGCUGCGCUGUUUGCCUCGUGCCUGUGGGGAGCCCUGAUCUUCACACUUCACGUGGCCCUGAGGCUGCUUCUGUCCUACCACGGCUGGCUUUUUGAAUCCCACGAAGCCAUGUCCUCACCCACCAAGACCUGGCUGGCCCUGGUUCGCAUCUUCUCUGGCCGCCACCCGGUGCUCUUCAGUUAUCAGCGUUCGCUGCCGCGCCAGCCGGUGCCCUCGGUGCAGGACACUGUGCGCAAGUACCUGGAGUCUGUCCGACCCGUCCUCUCCGACGAGGACUUCGACUGGACGGCGGUGCUGGCCCAGGAGUUCCUGAAGCUGCAGGCGUCGCUGCUGCAGUGGUACCUGUGGCUCAAGUCCUGGUGGGCGUCCAAUUACGUCAGUGAUUGGUGGGAAGAAUUUGUGUACCUGCGCUCCCGAAACUCACUGAUGGUGAACAGCAACUAUUACAUGAUGGACUUCCUGUAUGUCACACCCACGCCGCUGCAGGCAGCUCGCGCAGGGAAUGCAGUUCAUGCCCUCCUCCUGUACCGACACCGGCUGAACCGCCAGGAGAUUCCCCCGAAUUUGCUGAUGGGAAUGCGCCCCUUGUGCUCUGCCCAGUAUGAGAAGAUAUUCAACACCACACGGGUGCCAGGGGUCCAAAAAGACUACAUCCGCCACCUCCAGGACAGCCGACACGUGGCGGUCUUCCACCGGGGUCGAUUCUUCCGCGUGGACACCCAUUCCCAAAAUGACCUGCUGUCCCCGAGGGCCCUAGAGCAGCAGUUUCAGCGAAUCCUAGAUGACCCCUCACCUGCCUGUCCCCACGAGGAGCACCUGGCGGCCCUGACUGCCGCUCCCAGGGGUAUGUGGGCCCAGGUUCGGAAGUCCUUGAAGACGCGGGCCGCCCACGCCCUGGAGGCGGUGGAGGGGGCCGCUUUCUUCGUGUCUCUGGAUGCCGAACCAGCUGGGCUCACCAGGGAGGACCCUGCAGCGUCUCUGGAUGCCUAUGCCCAUGCCCUGUUGGCUGGCAGAGGCCACGACCGCUGGUUUGACAAAUCCUUCACCCUGAUUGUCUUCUCCAAUGGGAAGCUGGGCCUAAGCCUGGAGCACUCGUGGGCUGACUGCCCCAUCACAGGACACAUGUGGGAGUUCACUCUGGCCACAGAAUGCUUUCAGCUGGGCUACUCAGCAGAUGGCCACUGCAAGGGGCAUCCUGACCCCACGCUGCCCCAGCCCCAGCGGCUGCAAUGGGACCUUCCAGAACAGCAGAUUCAUCCGUCCAUCUCCCUCGCCCUGAGAGGAGCCAGGACGUUGUCUAGCAACAUCGACUGCCAUGUCUUCCCCUUCUCCCACUUUGGCAAGAGCUUCAUCAAACGCUGCCACCUCUCUUCAGACAGCUUCAUCCAGAUGGCCCUGCAGCUGGCCCACUUCCGGGACAGGGGUCAAUUCUGCCUGACUUACGAGUCAGCCAUGACACGCUUGUACCUGGAAGGCCGGACAGAGACAGUACGGUCUUGCACGAGGGAGGCCUGCAACUUUGUGAGAGCCAUGGAGGACAAGGAGAAGACAGACCCGCAGUGCCUCGCCCUGUUCCGCGUGGCGGUGGAGAAGCACCAGGCUCUGCUGAAGGCAGCGAUGUGCGGGCAGGGAGUCGACCGCCACCUCUUUGCGCUCUACAUCGUGUCCCGAUUCCUCCACAUGCAGUCACCCUUCCUGGCCCAGGUUCACUCGGAGCAGUGGCAACUGUCCACCAGCCAGAUCCCUGUGCAGCAGAUGCACCUGUUUGACGUCCACAACUACCCCGAUUACGUUUCCUCGGGUGGCGGAUUUGGCCCUGCGGACGACCAUGGGUACGGUGUUUCUUACAUCUUCAUGGGGGAUGACAUGAUCACCUUCCACAUAUCUAGCAAAAAAUCAAGCACAAAAACGGUGAGACCGACUGGAACACGUCCUCCACCCUCCUCCCUCAGACCCAGGGUUCCAGGCCCCAGCCCCGCUUUCGGAGCCAGGAGUCUGACCCCUCUUGUUGCCCAGCCCCACGGCCCGCUCCCAGCUUCCCCUCUGUGUGUUUCCUCCAGGACUCCCACCGGCUGGGGCAGCACAUCGAGGAUGCUCUGUUGGACGUGGCCUCCUUGUUCCAGGCGGGGCAGCGUCUUAAGCGCCGGUUCAGAGGGUUAGGGGAGGAGGACUCGGGACACAGACAUGGAUUUAUCUCCAUGUCUGUAGACUCCAAGGAAACCACGACAUCCACGACUCAUAACCCCUUCCAGUAGGGAGCUGGUCUCCCUCCAGCUGGGCUGGCGCAGGACAGGGUGGCUUGUUUGGUAGCCCUACAUCUGGCCAAUAAAGAUAUGUGAGCUGGGUGUGUGGUUUCCACUGCGCCCUUGGGCAGGGUAGGGCAGGGGUGGCGGAAGUGAGGAUCAGGAUGCCAGAGGAGAAGAGUUUCCAUCCAUCCCAGACCCACCAUGGAUUCUCAGUUAUAACUACAACCUCAACCACAGCCCCAGCACCAGCCCAGCUCGCUCUGGUCCUGCCUCUAAGUCAUGGUGAGCCCAGCCCUUCAUGACCAGCUCCAAUCAUACACCCCAAAGGUUCCCUUGAGCUCAGUUCCUGCUGCCCCACCAGCCACCCAUCUCAAACCCCUCUACAAACCUAAACUGUGGACACACUAGGUAAACGCUCCACCUCUGAGCUACAUCCCCAGCCCCUUCCUUCAAGAGUCUUACUCAACCCAACCCCAGUCAUUUCAACCUCUGUCUUCAUGAUGGAUUCUGCCCCGACUAGGGAGUGUACCAGCCAGUGUCCACCCUCCUAACCACUGCCAUGACUCCAGCAAUCAAUGACUCCAUGAUCCCAUACUCCGGUGCCACCGACUCAGCUGCAAAUAGAACCAAACAACCAAUACAAAAAACCUUGCCCCAAACUCCGCCAUCCCCCCCAAACCUCCCUCCCAUCUCCCCCAUAACCUAAAGUUUUGUGUCUUUAAGCACCCUGUUCCCUGAUCACACCUCUAUUAUACCUCCAACCUGCUGCCACUACAAUUCCACUAGCCUAACCACAGUUGAUUCAGCACCAAGCCCAACCAUCCAACCCAUGAUUCCAAUACCCAGGACUGCAGCCACCACUGCUUCCACCAGGCUCAAGGACACUGACACGACCUAACUGAGCGAGCCAGGCUCCACAGUCGGCCCUCCAACUCUGUGGUGGUCUCAAACACUGUCCACAGGAUUUUCACAUCCCUCCCUCUAAAAGGCGGGGAUUAUCUCCCUCCCCUGAGUGUGCGCCUGACUUAAUGACCUUCUAGAUAAAGGAAUAUGGUAGAAGCGACUAGAUCAUAAGAAACUCUUCGGCUUCCUUUGUGCCCUGUUUCUGAAUCUCUUGCUCUGGGGGACAACAACUUUUGUGUCAUGAGGACACUCAAGCAGCUUACCUGAGAGGCCCCUUUGUCGAGGCCUCCCGUCAACAACCUGUGAGGAAACAGUGAGCACGCCAUCUUGGAAGCAGAUCCAGCCUGUCAUCAGCUCUCAUGGCUGCAGCCUGGCUGACGU